GAAGUGGGAGCAUUUCCUGCGCCGACCGAGUUGUCGUGCUACCCUCUCUUCUCAGAUCUCUCCGGAAGUGUAGGAAGAAAUUGGGCAGAUUUGAACUUACCUGCUUUCAAACUGGUCAUCAUGAUGAAAAUUAGACACAAAAAUAAAAAGCCAGGUAAAGGUUCCAAAGGCUGCAAGAAGCCUGCAAAGCAAAAUGGGAAGAAAACAACUUCUAAAGUGUCCUCUGCUCCCCAGUUUGUUUACUCUAAUGAUCAUGCCAGUUGGGAGGUCGAAUUAAAGAAGAAGAGGGUUGAGGAGAUGAGGCAGAAGCAGCAAGCUGCCCGGGAGCAAGAGAGACACAGACGUAGGACCAUUGAGAGUUACUGUCAGGAUGUCCUGAGACGCCAGGAGGAGUUUGAGCACAAGGGGGAAGUUUUGGAGGAAUUAAAUAUGUUUCCUCAGCUGGAUGACGAGGCCACAAGGAACGCUUAUUACAAGGAGUUCUGUAAGGUGGUGGAAUACUCUGAUGUGAUUCUGGAAGUCCUAGAUGCCAGAGACCCAUUGGGCUGCCGCUGCUUCCAAAUGGAGGAGGCUGUCCUUCGGGCGGAAGGCACCAAGAAGCUGGUCUUGGUUUUGAACAAGAUUGACCUGGUCCCCAAGGAGGUUGUGGAGAAGUGGCUGGAUUACCUUCGCAAUGAGCUGCCAACCAUAGCUUUCAAGGCCAGCACCCAGCAUCAGGUCAAAAACUUG